AUGCUGUUCCCUCUGUCUGCCUUACAGAACUGGCCUACGCCCAACUAUACCAACCCGGAGAGGAGAGGGCCGGCGGCGACGAUAGUCGUAUCUGUGCUGCUUGGCCUCGUCACCCUCAUCCUCAUCGUCCGCAUCUACACUCGUGUGAGGAUAUCAAGGGGCUUCGGGCUGGAUGAUGUGCUUAUAAUAUUGGCCUACAUUCCCACUACGGCUUUUGCUGUACUGGCGUUCAUCGCCAUGUGGAAGUUCGGCUGGGGCACUCAUGUGUGGGAUCUUCCCAUAGAGUUGACCAAGCCGAGCUUGCAAAUUAGCCUGGCGAACCAGCUGUUGUUCGACCUGGCAACAUCACUGACAAAGUUGUCCAUGCUGGCGCUCAUCUACCGAGUGGUUUCCGCGGACAAUAGUCGCUACAGAUACGUUGUGCUGGCACUGGCAACCGUGGUCCUCUCGGACGGCUUGAUAUUCUUCUUCAUUACGACCUUUCAAUGCCGACCAGUCUCAGACUAUUGGACUAUCUCCUUCACUCCGCAAAAGUGUAUCAACGAGGAGUUACAUCUGCUCGCUGCUGGAUGUAUCAACACCACAACCGAUUUUCUUAUUGUCCUACUCCCAAUACCUUACGUAGUCCGGCUCAAGCUACCACGGAAGCAACAACUCAUCAUCGUCAGCCUCUUCACUGGCGGUCUGUUUGUCACAGCAGCAGGGGCUGUGAGAACCUACGUGUUCCAUAUCACACUCACGGAUCCCAGUCGUGAUUUGACAUGGAAUGCAUUCACCAUCAUCAUCGUCAGCGCACUUGAGCUGUACAUUGGCAUUAUCUGUGCUUCCGUACCCGCCAUCAAGCCUUUCGUCGCCCGCUACCUACCCAUCAUGCUUGAGAACCCCAGAUACUGGCUCUCCAAGCAGGCAGACAGCCGCGCAAGAGACCCUUUCGACAAGCCACCCGCGGGCAAAAGCCUCGAGCCGGACUUCUGGCUCGUGACCGAGCGAGACUCAGUAGCCACCUUCCAGGAUAUCGAAUCAAACUCGGGCCUGGUAUUCCAGAUGCAGCCGCGGCCGCCAAUGCCGGGCAUGCCCACGCCAACAAGGCCGCCGCGGACCGCCUCGACGAUGCAGACUGGCACAGCUCUAUCAACUAUCACGACUACUACUACUAAUACCACCACAAGCGACAACAUCUCGGCUGUGUCGGCCAACUCGGCCGUGCCGGCGCCGCUCAGGGUCAUGAAGAGCCCGCGCGCCAGCACCGCGGGGACGGUCUCGUCGCGGCCGGACCUCAACAAGCCGCUGCCCCGGAUAGGCACCGCGGUGCUGGACGCGAGCUUCGCGAGCGAGGCGGCCUCGUCGCAGGCGCAGAAGCACAUGUCCAGCGUGUACCAAUUUAUCCCGCACGAGGACGGGCACAUCAGCGUGCACAAGGCGCGGAAGAGCGCGUUUGGCAACGGGUGA